GGUUAUGGCGAUAUUUUCCCUGCCACUUAUUUGGGAAGGCUGUUCACGAUGAUCUAUGGAAUGGCAACCAUACCAAUCUGCAGCCUUUUGGUCAGCAGAAUGUCUUCCUGUAUGGUGAGAUUCUCAAAGGCGAUCUAUCUUAUGACGCUGGAAUCCACAAGCGUUCCCACCGGACUGCGUGAAGCGUACAGCCGGACAGACGGGAGCUUCAACUUUCGAGUGUUUCCUUGCUUACUAGUGCUGGUGGCCUAUAUUCUCAUCGGUGGAGUUAUGUACGCUUACAUGGCCGGCAGCAAACUCUUCCGCUGGAAUGCCACAGACGCAAUCUAUUUUGCGUUCAUCACUAUCACUACUGUCGGUUUCGGUGAUAUCGUCCCGGAAGUAGAUACGCUAUUCACGAUCAUUUCCAUUGCGUACAUUCUCUUCGGGCUAGCUUUAACUGGAAUAGUUUUCGGUCGAAUAACAAUGGCUUUCGAUCAACUCUUGUUUCGUUUCGCCUCAACUGCGAUCAAAGAGAACUCAAAGAUACCAGACCAGCACGGCGUAACUCGAGCCGCCGCUGUCCUCCACCCAAAACAUGCUUGAAGCACGCAUUGCCAACUACGAUUGCCAGCCUUAUCCACAAAGGCAUACCCUAUGUUACUGCUACGCAGAUUGUCUGUGUAUAAAUGACCCCUUUCUCAGAUCAUGCUUAGGAUAUGUCGAGGGCCACCUUCUGGCAGAGCUCCGAAAGGAGAUGACCAGGGGGUGGUGAUAAAAGUUAGACUAAUAGUUCCCUUUCUAGUUAAGCUACACUGAGUUAUAAACUAUACUUACCCACGCCACUUCACUUUUUGUAUAAAGAAUAGGGGGGUUUCGAUUCUGAUAAACCGACUAAAUUCCCUGCUUCCUCAGCUAUGUAGACGCAU